AUGAUAAAAAGGCAUUUAAAGAUAUACCCGUCGAUUUACUUCACGAAACAUGUGUAUAGCGCUCCCCGAGUAAAUGAGGAUUCCUUAAUUUUAAAAAAGGACUAUGUGUUCAAUCAGUAUGAAAAUAAAAAAGUCUUUUUAAACAAUAAAUUAAAGAAUGGAAAAAAUGAGAAUGUAAUAAAAAGAAUAUAUUAUUUUAAAUUAUGGAAUUCAUUGUGUGAAUACAACUUUACCUUAUUUGAGAAUAUUGUUCAGCAAUAUUUGAACGAAGGAUAUAAAUAUGAUGAAGUUAUUUAUUCUAUACUUGUACUCUCGUAUAUAUUAAAUCACAGGAAGAAAAAUGAAAAUGCCUACUUAGUCGUUGAAGAAAUGAAGAGGAGCUACAUGCAUCCAGUUAUUGUCCGAAUAAACGAACGUAUGUUAAACUCCUUUUUAGAGUUAGAAAUGAUAUUCUGUGAACCAACGAAAAGUUUAUGGAUGAACAUUGGUCGAUUUAUAUGGGAAAUUUCCAUAAAAUUAAAUAGAGAAAGAAAACGAAAAUUAAAAGAAAAGUUAAGUUUAUUACCACCUAAUGAGGUUUUAAAAUUGACAAAAGAAGAUUUGAAAUAUAUGCUGAAAAAAGAAUAUGAAAAUACGUUAAUAAGUAUGAUUGGUACCAUGUCGUUAGACAGUGAAAACCCCUACGAGCACAUGUUAAUUGAAAAUAAUGAUAAUAAUGAAAAUAAUAAAUUUGAUGAAUAUAAUGAAUUUAAAAAAUAUGAUGAAUUUGAUGAAUUUAAAAAAUAUGAUGAAUUUGAUGAAUUUAAAAAAUAUGAUGAAUUUGAUGAAUUUAAAAAAUAUGAUGAAUUUGAUGAAUAUAAGGAGUGCAUGGAAAAAGGCAUUAAGGGUGUUGAAGCGGAGGUUACGACCUUUUUAAUACCACAAAAGGGCAGAAGCGUAGUUAAUUCGUAUGAAGAACACUGUGCUGCAAAUAAUUUGCUCAAUGGAACUCACUGUUUAAAUAACGAAUUGCAUAACUGCACUAGUGAUAGUCAACUGUUAUUUGGAAAAAGCGUCAUGAGUGAUGUUAUUACAGCAGAGGACGAUGCACGAGAUGGGAAAACAAAAGGGCAGGAAGAACAGUGCGAACGUUUUUCAUAUAUCAGUAAAAUUGAUUUAAGUAACGAUGAACAAGAAAAAAUGGAUGAAGACGAGACUUAUUAUGAAUCGUUUGAAGAUGGUGAAGAUUUUGAUAUUGAACUUUUAAAAAAAUAUUACAAUUUUAAAUAG